ACUGCCCCCUACUUACCUAAUGUAGCUCCGCCCGUGUGGAUAACUAUCUUGCCAAGUCUUGUCCUGGUAAAUUGCUAAUAUAUUUUUACUAAUAUAUAAAACAAAAUAAUAUUAUUCUAAUAUUAUUCUCAUCCGAAGUGGAAGAUUUGGUGUAGUUUAGGAAAAUAUGCCUAUUUCAAUCAGAACUUUAUUCGUCGUGCAUAUUUCUUAUUGAACUGAAUAAAAAUACAAAAACACUACAUGAACUUUAAGCAUUGUAACUUUUCAUUCCGAACUUUAUAGUACUGCAUAUUCUAUAUUAAACUAAAAAAUAUUCAAAAUACUACAUGAACUCUCAAAAUCGCGCUUAUAUAUGUACUGACCAUAAAAUUUUAAAACAAAGUUAAAUUUUCAAAAAAAAAUAUUUAUUUAAUUAUUACUUUAUUAAUAUUCUUAUAAAUUGAAAUAUCUUUUGGAAAACUUAAUUUUAUUUUUAAAUGUAUCUUUAUAUACAUAAACAACACAAAACUUUAGUUUUACCAUCAAUUUUAAGUAUGCUAUAAAGUAAAUAUUUAAAUUAAUAAUAAUUAAUUUGAAUGUAUUAAAUGAUGAUUUUAACAUUUAAAUUAAUAAAUAUAUAUAUAUAUAUAAAAUUAAAAAAAAAAAUUUGAUUACAUUUAUUUCAUUAAGCCAAAAUUUAUAUGUAAGUCAAUGUUUGCAAAUUUGAACAAGAAAAUUACUUUAGUGGAGCAAUUAAUAUGCUAUUAUUUGUCUAGAAGUGUGAGAGAUCUAAUCUCUUAAAAAUUAGUUUUUAUUAGUUUAAAUUUAUCUAAAAUGAUGUUAUUUUGAUAACUUUGCGAAUGACUAAUACCUUUGAGAACUUUUAAUAUAUAAAAAAUGAUGUAUAAAAACUAAUAUAUUUGACGUUCAAUAUUUAUAAGGACGAUUUUGAGAGUUAAUGCAAUAUUUUUAUUUUCUUUAUUUAGCAUAGUUAACCAUUAAUCAAAUAUAUUUGACGUUCAAUGGUUUUAUUAAUCAAAUAUAUAUAGUUCUUAUAAAUAUUGUUAUUUUUAUUUUCUAACAUGUCUUUGUUAUCUUUGUUAAUGCAAUAUUUUUAUUUUCUUUAUUUAGCAUAAAUUAUCAAAAACCAUAAUAACCAUCAAAAAGUUAUUAGUACUUUAAUGUUAUUUUUCAUAAUUCAUGUAUCUCAAAAAAAAAAUAAAAAAAAAAUCAUAAUAAGUAAUUUUCAUAGAAAACUAAAGUAUAUAAAAUAUAUACUAAUAAAAUAGUUUAUUUGAGUCUUGAGAAAGUGUCCACAUAAGCAUAAAAUAUUUCUUCCAAAAGAAGUAACAUGACAUUAUUACUAAAAAACAAAAAGUAAAUAAUAAGUAAAUAUACAAUAUAGGAAAAAUAAAUAAUAAGUAAAUAUACAUUAUAUGAAAUAGAAAUAUUACAUUAAACAUCUAUCAUAAUAUUAUUAUCCAGACUGAGAUUAAAGAUGGCCGCACUGCGUUCUUCUGGUUUGACGACUGGUUACAAAUGGGUAAAUUGAUAGACAUCACGGGAGCAAUAGGUACAUGCUAUCUUGGAGUUCCCCGGAACGUUCAGGUUUGUGAAGCUGCAACGCGAUCUCGUUGGAACGUAAGGGGUCACAGGAGUCGUCAUUUUCAUGACCUAUACUUGCGUAUUCAGAAAAAGUCAGUGCCUGAUGCAAAUGGAGGUAACAAUGUUGUGCUUUGGAAGCAUUCUGACGAUUCUUAUAAACCAUAUUUCCCUUCUACUUGCACUUGGGAUCGGACUAGAGAGAGAAGAGCUACAGUUUUUGGUGCAGAGGUGUAUGGUUUGCUCAAGCAGUGCCGCGAUUCUCCUUUAUUUUUCGGCUGGCUGCUAGAAAAAGAUUGUCAACAGGGGAUAGAAUGAGAGCGUGGGGUAUUCAACAGGCAUGUGUUCUUUGUGGAGAGCCUGAUGAGACUCGUGAUCAUAUCUUUUUUUGCCUGCCCGUAUUCGUUACUAUCUGGGAUAGUUUAGUAAACAGAUUGAGUGGAAACAUGACUGACCCUGAUUGGUUAAUCAUGAUUGGUUAAUCACUCUGCAGUUUUUGACUACAAAUAAUCUGCAGGCUCUUGACAAGAUCUUACUCAAAAUGGCGUUUCAGACAUCCAUCUAUCACAUCUGGAAAGAAAGGAAUGAGCAGAGUCGAUGAAAGUGGGUGGCAGAGUCGAUUCAUCAAGUAGCAUAUAAUACUUCCAAGACAAAGUGGGUGGCAGAGUCGAUGAAAGAUGAGGAGCCUUUGCGUCUAAACACAUUUUUCUUAGCACACAAGCAGCAUCUCGUAAUACUUUAAUAGUAUGAAAGGAGAGAUUUGUGAAUAAUACUUUAAAGAAUGAAAAGAGAAUGUUUGUAUUUUAAAACCUUGGGUGUCUCAUAUAUAUAUAUAUAUAUACUUUGGGGAUUUGACUGAAGAUCUCUAGAGCAGGGGUAUAUGAUAAACAAGAACUCUUUUUGUUGAUAGAACGAGUCAAAAUAUGUUAAUAUCUUUAGCAGUGGUUAGGUUUCUAAUGUUGGUAGAUGUUGUCUUACCUUUGAAUGACAAGUAAUGAAUCAUGGGAAUGAGUCUAUCUAUCUCUAUUUAACUAACUAAUUAAAAAAUUAAGAGCAUCUUUGUCCUUAGUUUCUCAAACAAAAGUGUUUAAUGAAAUAUCUUGAAUUAAUGUAUUAUUUUAACAUUUGUUUAGAUUUAAAAAAUAAUAAUUUUGGAGAAAUACACUCUUUUUUUUUGUCAACGGAGAAAUAUACUCUAAAUUUUUAAAAGCAUCCGAUAUUUAAAAUUAAGUUGGAAUAUUGGUCACAGAAAAUUCACCUUUGUCAAAAGAAAAACUAUUUUAACAGUGGUAAUAAUUCAACUUUUUUUCCGUGGUAAAAUUGAUAGGAAGCAACGCGGAAAGUCACCACUCUUUACUCUGCAAAAAGCAUCCGCAGGAAAGGAAUCGUCACCUAUCAGUCAUCACACCAAUAUUAGUAAUUUUUUUAUUUAAAUCGUUUAUUCAUUUAUAAAAUUCUAACUUUUAAGCUCAUUUGCGUUUGCCGCUUCAAGGAAAAACACAGGUGACCCGAGAGAGACGAGAAAGAGCUCCGCGUUUCCUAAAAUGGACGUUUCGCCGGAAGCCGGUAGCUACGACGAGGUUUUCUCAGCAGAAGACGAAGACCAGUGCCGGAUUUGUCGAUCGCCGGAGGAACCAGGAAACCCCUUAAGGUACCCGUGCCUGUGCCGAGGUUCGAUCAAGUUCGUCCACCAGGAUUGCCUUCGUACCUGGCUCAUUCGCCGCGGAAACAACAAAUGCGAGGUGUGUGGGCGUAGCUACUCGUUUGUUCCCGUUUACUCCGAGAACGCUCCGGAGAGACUUUCUUGCGACGAGUUUCUUCUCGGAGUCUUAUCAAGAGCAGGACGUUACUUGAAGAUGAUUGUUCCUUGGAUUGUGUUGAUUCUCUUGAACUGCUACUUCGUUUCUUUACACCCUUGGGGCCAAGUAGCUGCUGCUGAGUUCCAGAAUGAUUUUGGGAUGUCUCGGAAGUUCGCGUGUUUCUCCACUGGCUUGUUAUACAUUGUUUUUAGCGUGUGUCUCAUGACGGUUAUAGCUCUUGUGAAGUUGGAGGUGGGAGAUGUCAAUGUCAGGAGGUUUAUUGGGAAUGGUGGAGGUUUGCAGUUCUUGUUGAAGUAUAUGAAGAUACUUUUUGAUUGGUAUUGUCAUAAACUCAUACACUUCUUGGGGGAACCUCCUCGGCUUAUCUUUCUUCCUCCGGAGGCGCCGCUUCAUGAGUUUGGGGUUAUCAGAGGGGUGCUUUUCUUUCUGGAUGAUGAUUCCUUUGCUAUUCUUGCCAUCAGCGUGUAUGUGGCUAUCCUCGUUGUUCUUCUGCCAGUUUGGAUUGGAAGGAUUGGAGGCAGCUAUUUGUCUGUAAACUCGACUGUUGUUCUUGGAUACAUGAUAAUGCUGUCGGUUUGGUUUGCUUAUGUUGGAUUCCUCUUCGCUCUCCAUCAGAACUUGUUUCCAGUUAUAGUUCGGUGGCUUUCUCUGGGGGUUCACUUCGUAGCAGUGAAGUUGCCAUGUCUGUUGUGGGUUUUCUCAGUAAAAUCCUGCAAACGCCUGCAAAGUCUUGUGAGCUUUGGAAUCCGUCAAGCCUCACUUCCAGCCAUAUUCCACUGGUUUUCUCUAGGAUUUCACUUCAUAACAGUGAGAUUGCCAAGUUUCUUGUGGGUUUCCUCAGAAAUGGUCUGCAAAAGCUUUCAGAGUCUUGUGCGCUUAAGAAUCAUCUCCAUUCACCGUGAAGCCACCACACCUCCAGCCAUAUUCCAGUGGUUUUCUAUAGGAUUUCACUUCAUAACAGUGACAUUGCCACGUUUCUUGUGGGUUUCCUCAGCAGUGGCCUGCGUAAUCCUAUCUGUCCUUAAGGAAGCUUUUGUCUUGUGCUUCAAAAUUGGUGUUCUGCCUUGGAUAAUUGGCUGUUGGCUCGGAAUCUGCACCUCCCCUUUGUUUGGAACCAUAUUUUCCCAGAGUUUUGAGACUGUUUCACACUUCCCAUGUAUGAUGUUCCUACGUUGGUCUUCUGGAAUCGUUUGCUUGUUGGUUGCUCAGUCUUGCAUGUACCGUAUCCAGGAGAUUGUUCAUAAACGAGCCAUUUGGUAUCUCCUAGAUGUCACAGAUCCAGACUACAAGAUCACCAAAAUGAAUUUUGGUCACACUUUCUUUGCGCUUGCUUCUCAUGGGGUAUUGUUGGUGAUUUUGUUUCACUUACCAAUUAGAGCAAUUACACUUAUCAGCCCAUCAUUUUUCCCUCUUGAGUUAUGGGUCAGCGACGAAGAGGUUUCUGCUGCUGCACACUCAAUCUAUUUCCACCUACUGUCGUCCUCCCCAAAAUGGCUAAUCGGACUCGUCAAACCAGCUAUGGAACUCAUGGUUCAGAACUGGAUCAUCACUGUUAGCUCUUGGCUUGAUCUGAGUGAUUACUUGCUGGUUGCUGAUCAAAAUGUGAGACCAAGGAUGCAACCAAGAAGGCGGUGGCUUCUAUUCUGUUCCGUAGCUGAAGGCUCUUUGGUCUCUUUGCAUGGAUCUAAGAAUUCUGAAGACGAUACUAAAGACCAAAGAGAUAACAGGUUUCUGCUGAGGAUUGCAUUGAUGUUGAUGCUAGCGGCUUUGAGUACGUUCGUCGUUAGUACAGCCUUCAUGGCUUUACCUAUUUUGCUGGGGAGAGGAUUACUUGAGUCUCUCUCUUUCAUCAUGCUAAGAAUUGGACUCAAACGUGACGAUCUUCUUGCUUUUUGGAUUGGAUAUAGUAUCAUUGGACAAACCUACACCAUCACUUGCUUUGUAUAUGAUGAAAUUCAGAAGGGAAGAUUCGAUUUGCUUCUCAAAGAUGUCUUCAUGUGGAUACGAAAUGGGUUGCUUUUCUCCAUAUGGAUCUCUGUCAUACCAGGGUUGCUCGGUCUACUUAUCGAACUUAUGAUCAUCAUCCCAUUACGAGUGCCACUAGACGAAUCACCGGUACAUUUCUUGAUCCAAGAUUGGCUGAUAGGAGUAUUUGUGCUUCACACAUGGGUCUUUCUGACAAUGCUCACGCCAAUCAACUGGUUCGCAACUGAAGCAUGGCUAAGAAAGCUGGAAAGAAUCAGAAAUGUGGGACUUACUAGAGUUCCUUCAACGUGGCUGCUUCAAGACGUGAUCGGUUCCAUCAUAAACACACUUCUAACCACACUGACCAUCCCUUACCUGCUCGUGAAGUUUCUGUUCCCGUUGCUUGGAGUUUCGGAAAGCGUCACUUCAGCUACUGAGCGGCUUAUAUGGCCUGCGUUAUUAGCCUUGCUAGCGGGUUGGAUCAUUGCCAGGAUCACACAUGACUUCAUCAUCUACGUUCACCAACUGGUCUUCAAUGAACGGUACUUGGUGGGUGAAAUACUUAACAAUGUGACUGAAGAAGAGCGGACAUAAUCCAUGGGAGUAUACGACGAACAAAGAGACUCUUUUGUUGAUAGUAACAAAUCAAAAUAUGCUGUUGUCUCUACUCUUUAGCAAUGCUUAGGUUUCUAACUUUGACAUUAACUUGGAAGAAACCAAAUUUAGUACAAUAUUAUCGUGAUAAUAUGAACCAGCCGGUUUAAUAUUUUGGUUUUUUCUCGGUUUAGAAAACGCAAUUGAAUUAUAUACAGCGUGUGGUUGGUUGUU